UAAUUGAACAUAUUUUUGUUCCAUAAAAUUAUGCAUUUUGCGUGUGGUUAAGUAAAUAAAAAAAUGGUUGUUAGUUUCACGAUCAUCUUUGCGUCUUUUAGUGAAAAAAACAUGGCGAUAUUUUCCGCCCGUUGUCAAAUCUGAUUUGAUUUGAUUACACUAAAUGUAGCUACAUAAGUACCAAGUUACUGUGCUAGAUUAUUUUGUAUAUUAAAAUGAAAUUGAAUAUAAAUUAUACCUACUUAUUUGCCUACAGUAUUAAAGACUUCCAGUGAAGGAAUAUAAGAAAAGUUACUGAUGGAGAACGAAGACGACACGUUUGUAGUUAUUAUCGGGGAGGACGAGGAUUGGCAGAGCGGGAACGGCGACUUUCCGGAAUCUGUGCAAAUAAAACAGGAGAAGGAGGAUCUCGAGCCGGUUCAGGAGGAUCCCGAUCCGGAUACCGAGUUAAAUGUAGAGAAUAUUCUGGAGGUUGCGUCUAAAGUCGGGGAAUAUAUAGAAAUAGACCCUGCCCAAAUUUUAUGUAAAACUGAACCUGAAUAUGUUGAUACUGAAUAUUUGAAAGAAGAAUGGGAUGACACCGAAAAUGUUUAUUUGGAAUAUAAUCCUGAUGAAGUUAUGGAUGUUAGUGAGCUGGAAGACAAUGAUAGUGAUUUUCAUACUGAUAGUGACUCUGGUAGUAGGCGAAGGAAGGCAGAGUUCCGUAAUUCGUUUGUUGAAGACCUGAGGAAGGAAUAUCCAGAGUUAAGAGACGAUGAAAGCCAGCUCGUUAAAACUUUGGUGGGAAUAAUGAAAUCUGUUAAGAGACCUCCGCCGCCAAAGGAUUACUUUGUGAAGAAUGAUGUAUUAUAUGAAUGUGUGAAGUGUUGCGCUGUCUCUGAUACUGAGCCGGCAGCCUGGCGACACUGGCAGGAGAAGCACGGGAAACGUUACCUGUUAUGCUACGCAUGUGGAGUUGAUUUCAGGAGUUGCACAAAUCUGUACAAACACGAGAAGCGUUGUUGCGCCAAAGACGCCUCCAUAGUGCUGAAGGCUCGCGCGAUCUUCCUCGGAAGAAAGGGUCGAAGUCGGCCCUUCCUGGGUCUAGCUAAAAAAUACUUGCCGAGAAAAGCUACUGGUACCGUCAAGAAAUCCUUUCCAUGCAAUAUAUGCCCAGCAGCUUUCAACAGUAAGAGCAAUCUUCAAUCCCACGAAAAUCUCCAUCGUGGCCUCAGGCCGUACCGCUGCGAACAGUGCCCUUGCGCCUACACAUCGGUGUCUGCGUUAGCACGUCAUAAACAGAAACACAAGGACCAAACGUUCAUCUGUGACCACUGCGAGCGGCCUUUCAAAACUAAGCCCACUCUCAUAGCGCACUUGGAUACGCAUUCAGCGAUCCGCAAGUUCGGCUGCAGCCUGUGCGACAAGCGGUACGCGCAGAAGGCGGCGCUGCGCCUGCACAUCGGCCGCGAGCACCUGCACCUGCCGCCGCCCUGCGCCUGCCAGAUUUGUCCCAAGAGAUACCCACGAAUGUCGCUGUUGAAGCAACACAUGAAAAGUGCACACGGUAUGACGCUGAUGACACGCAAGAUGUUCUUCAAAUCUCUGCCAACAUUGACGGACACACAGCUCCAGCAGGCGAUAUUGGUCCUCAAAUCUGACCUGAUGAUGAACAAUGACAUCACUAUAGGAGCCAUUGACCAGAUGGCACUGGACAACACCGCCAGUCAGAACAGUAUGAACGAAAUGGACAUUCUGGACUAUAUGGACCCCAAAGCGUGUGUGGAAAUGUUCCCAGAGGUCAAUGAUUUGGAUGUGAAAAGGACUAAAUAGUGAUAGUGAAAGUUGUGUUUAAUAAAGCUGAGUUGUAUACAUAUAAAAAAGUUGUAGGCAGGGGAGACUUCUAUUCACUUGACUAGAUCCCUACAAACUUUUGCAGCAUCAAAAUUUGAAUGUUCUUUAUACAAGGAACAUACAUAUAUGUGAAUUAAUAUGUUGCGACUUUACAAAUAGAGUAUUUGAAUAUGAAAAAAAAUAGUGAAGUGAAUUUAGUAAAAUAUAAAAUAAUGAAGCUCUGCUAUGCUAUGUAACAAACGGAACGUAAGUUUAACCAAUAUGGCGGCGAUAUGCGCAUGCGCCGGUACGCAUAUACCUCAUAUAUAUAUAAAUAAGGCAUAAGCAAGCAAAUAUGCAUAAAUGGUAAAUUUAAGUGCCUCGCAAUGUAUGUACUUUGCUUGGGUUUAUUGCAACAAUUUACAAUGUAUACACAUGGUGGCCUAUUACAGUCACUACAAAGUUUACAGAAUCAAAAAUGUAAUAAUAAAUAAAUAUAAUCUGAGACUAAUAACAGUAUAGUAAUUAAUUAAAUAAUAGCUCAUAAUAUCUCCUGAGCAAUAACUUUUUAUGAAAAUAUUCUUUUAUAUUUGGUGAAACAAAAAAUUAAUAUUUUUCGACUAUUCCGACGUACAGUACAUAUUUUUAUAUUUGACAAGGGAGCGCCCACGGCUCCGCCCGCGUAAAACAAAGAACUCGUAAACUUCCGUUCCCAUGGGAAUUUCGGGAAAUCCCCUCUUAGUGCUCUACUCUCUCCCUAAGGAACAUUAAUACCAAAUUUCCGCUAUCUACGCCCAGUAGUUUCUGUGUGUGUUGUAAAUAAUGAUUACGAUGAUUAUUAUUUUAAAUGAAAUUUGAUUUAAAUGAGGUUUCAUUUGGGUUUGUAAAAAACAUGCUAUUUUAAUUAAUAUAUUUUUAUUACCCAUUUAAAAUUGGGCACAUAUGAAAAAGCAAGAAUGAGGAACAGGUAGGCAAAAUAUUCUUUUUUAUUAAAGGUUUUUUGAGAAAUUUUCCAAGUUUUAAAUAAUUUUUGUUUUGUUUUUCUAUUUGAUGUAAGUGUAUUUUAAUCAGAUAUUUAGGAGACAUUUUCAAACAAGUUAGUUGCCUUUUGAUUAAAAUAUUGAAUUUUCUAAGUGCAAUGCCAUUUUCAAAGUGUUUUAAGUGGAUUAGAUUUUCUGAAUAAAGUGAUUGAAUAACAAGCAAUUAAAAAAAAGAGUGUAAACCAAAGUCAAGCAAAUAAUUGAUGAACUUUAGAGAAAGCAGUUUUGAUUUGCCAAAUAUUUUAAGCGGGUAUAACCAUUUUGCAAUACAGCGGGCAUUAUAGAAAAGGACACCACCUUGAUACAUAUAAUAUAUAAAUAUGAGUAGGUCCAGAAUGGUCCAGCACCCAUAAUUAUGAUCGUUGAAAUGCAAUGUCUAAUAUAUCUUUUCUCUCUUUCUACCUCUCCAGUUAACCUUAGCUAGAAAGAGAGAGAGGUAAGUCAUAUUGCGUUUCAAUGCGUCUGUGAAUAAUAACCCAGAUUUAAAGACUAUUUACUAUGAACUUAUAUACGUCAAUUUACUAUCUUACGCACUUUCCUUCAUAGCAUAUCCCUAAUUGGCCAGAUUUUCUUACCAACCUUAUCAUCUAAUAACACACCAGCUGAUAGAUAGAAAAAUAUGGUCGAAUUGAGAACCUCCUUUUUCGAAGUCUGUUAAAAAGUGAAAUAAAUGUUCAUUUUUCCUUCUUAAUUUCCCCUAAGGAGGCGUAGCGUGUCUACUGUUAGUACGUAUGUACAUGAAGAGGGGUGGUAUACUUUUCUGUUUUGCCAUUUGUAUUAGCGCGCUCUGAUGUGAACUAGAGUGGGUCGUUCAUAGAAUAAUGAAUGCCAGAUGUGCCGUAGGAUAAACUAUAAAUACUUGUAAAUACGUUUAUUAGGUUAAUAAAUAAAAGAC